GUCGGCAACAAUGUGAGCACUAUCUGUUUUUGUACCAGUCGACGGUCGGUUUCCACAUUAAACGAUCAUUUUAAGGGCGAACCAAUCAAACUGCAAAUUUAUACAAAUUGAUACUAAACGGGUUAUAUUAAUUUUAUAACAAAAAUUAAGUGUGUAAAUAAGUUUGAACGGAGUCGUAAUUAAAACUAAUUGGGUUUAAUAUAGCGCUAAUUAUUUUGUAUUAAGGCGGGUUUUCGCUGGAAUUUCGUCCUUUUUGACGUUUUGCGUGAGUGUCGUUGGAAUUUUUUGUGUCUCUCUCGAGUGGACUUGUGCUGUGGCGUGGAGAUGCUGGGCGCUGGAGUGGCGGCGCGGGGCCCGUGCUAGCCGCGGCCGCAGCCAUUGGUUUGUGCAGCUGUGUUGCGGACGAUGUCGACAUAGGGGGCGGCCAGGGUUGGCCCCUAGAGGCCAUGCUCAAUAACCUCACUGCGACAGCUUUGGGAGGUCACAAAGAGUCGUGCUCAGAGGACAGCAAGCCGCACGAGAUCAAGCCGAGCCUCGACCGGUCGCACCAUGCGCUCGGCCCGCGGCUGCACAUCGCGCACAACAUACGCACCGAACACUUACAAGGUGGCAUCCACCAACAACACAGUGGGGGGCAUAUGGCCACCGUGCCAGUCAGCAUGUCGUCCUCAGCAUCAGACAGCGACAAACCUGCCAAGCAGAAGAGACAUCGGACGAGGUUUACACCGGCACAACUGAACGAGUUGGAGAGAUGUUUUUCUAAGACACAUUACCCUGACAUCUUCAUGCGCGAGGAGAUCGCCAUGAGGAUCGGCCUUACUGAGAGUAGAGUACAGGUGUGGUUCCAGAACCGUCGUGCGAAGUGGAAGAAACGCAAGAAGAGUACGAAUGUGUUCCGCUCCCCCGGCGCGCUGCUGCCGUCGCACGGACUGCCGCCUUUCGGUGCCGGGGACGUCUGCAGUCCCGGCGUCUUCGCUGACAGGCCUUGGUCCAUGCCCGCUGGCCUAGGUCAGCUAUCACAAGGCGGCGUGUCGAUGGGCGGUUUCGGCGCGGGUGGUCUACCACAGCUGGCUGCCGACCUCAACCCAUCCCUGCCCAUUAGCUCCGUCGCCUCUGGACAACCUUACCAGGGACAUUAUCCGCUCAACUCACUUGGGGACACGAUGAUGUCGUACUGCAACAACAUCAGCCAGCAGCAGCAGGGCGCGCUGGAAGGGUCGCCCACUCCGCCGCACAUGGCACACUGCGGCAACAACAACGCUUCGCCCACUGCCUCCGGUAAUGGUGGUGAACCCGCGGAGGAGGAAGUGUGGCGCGGGCACAGUAUCGCCGCGCUGCGCCGCCGCGCGUCCGAGCUGUCGGCCGCCAUCCCGCCGUACUUGCAGCUCAACUACGACGCACACAGCCCCGUCUACUGACCGCGUUACCCCGUCUUCUGACCGCGCGACCGCUACUGACUGCUCAUCUCAGUCCAUCGAAGAUCGACCUUGUACUAUAGUGAUACUUGCAUCCAUUUGUAACUAUUACUUCCCAAUCAUUAGUUUAUGCCUCGUCGAGAUUGUCGGCUGGCUUGUGACACAUAAACCCCUAAUUAAAGACAUUGGUUUUGCUACUUCCAUGGCUCGAAAUGUUUGCAAAUGAGCGUGUAUUGGUGUACUUUCGGAGUUAUUUUAGACGUUUGUCGAAGGAUUUACUUAUGUGGUGCGUAACGCAAUAGAUGUGGAUUUCAUUGCACUUUGUGGUUCAUUUGAAUCAGUGCUGCGGUUUACAAUACGUAAAUUAUUGAUAUCAUAUUUUUGAUGCUUUUUUUGUAAAAUUAAAUUGGCAUACACUGUAUACGAAAUGAAUUGAGGGUCAAGCAUAAGUUUUGUCGUUUAAGUAACCACUUGGUACGAUUGUUCGUGGGUGAUACAACAAUGUAAAUGGCAAAAGUCAUGCUUGGUCUAAAUGUUUACUUACAAACGUACCGACACGUGUUUAUGUAGUCUGUCAUUUAACCGCAUUGGCUGUGUUGAACAAAUUGUGAGAUUAAAUGGCACAAACCUACAAUAUUGUAGCACUCUAGGCAAAUUAUGGCGCUUUAGAUAUUUACUAAAGCAAGCCACUAGGCCUACAGGACAAAAUCCUCUAGAUUUUCUUCGAAAUGGUGAACAUUUCGGAGUGCUAUCACGAUGAUAUUUACUGCAAGAUUUGCAGAGACAUUAAAACUACUUACGAUAAAAUUGUGAGCUGUAUUCGAGAAAAUACAUGUAUACGCAUUCGUACAAUAAUAAAUUAUAGUUUAAUAUUAAGCUAUUUAUUGUUUAAGUAACGAGUAUAAAGUAUUAAAUAGUGUUAAAUAGCAGUAAUGUUAAUGUAUUUACGAAAGUUUGUCGUAUUCGAGGAUUAGGUACGGAUUCCAAACAUUCCGAUUCAAAAUUUAGAAUAGUGUACCGUUAGAAAACAGGGCAACGCCUUGAGUUCCGACGUUUAAGAAAAUAACAGAUACCUACUUUGAUAUCGAAAGUUUUCACUUCGGAAACUCAUGGCAGUCCCUCAGAAAUAUUUUCAUUAAUUCGGGCUUUGUCGUGAAUUGUUAUUGAUCGUAAAGAAUAUGCAUCAAUCAGUAUUACCAGCAUUUAAUAUAAGAAGACUGAGCCCGACCUUCUGUAGACGAAUUGAACAACACCACAUACCUAGUGCAAAUAAAUUACUUUACAUUAUGCAAUAGGGAAUGUGAUAGUAAUUUUAAAUGUUGUCCCGGUCUGUAGGUUACCAAGCGAAGAGAAGUUAGCGAUUUUUCUCUUAAACAAAAUUGUAUACAAACAUAGUUUUACGACAAAAGAGGGUAAUCUAGUUCAGUGUGUAACAUUAUACAAGAAUCAAAUAAAGUGGAAAUUAAUCUUAUUCCCACACCCUGUAUACGGAAUUUCGAUCCAAAGUACGUUUUAUGUGUGUAAAUGUAUAGCUAGGUAUAUUCAAUAUAGAUAAACGAAAUUGAACUCACGGCCACUGUAUUUUAAACACAUUUUUGUAUUAGUUGAAAGUGGUUGAUAGUUCCUAUUUGUUUUGGGCUCCGGUUCGACGAAUAAUUUUGUCUGUCGUAAUUUUCUUUGUGUCAAUUUUUUAAUCUGUGUAUUUUCCGUCCGUUGUUUUGUGUGUAAGUAUUAUUGCUUUUGUUUUAUUUCUUUUAAUGUCUCGGAGCCAUUUUACUUUAAUUUCGAAUCUCUUAGGUUUAAGGAAGAUACCUGUAUGAUACUUAUUCUCUUUUUCGAACACCAAAGUGAAGCUUGUUUCUGUAACAAAACCUACUUUACUAAUGCUUCAAAUAAGUACCUAUUGGGUUUUUCAAUUGUGAAGGUGACGUCACAGUACAUUGUAUGCUAGAAGUGAUGUGCCGUACUUACUAAUUUAUUUAUGUAUCGAUUUUUCUAUAAGUAAAGAACUGAGUGGUUAAUAACUUCUAGAACAAAUGAAUAUUUUAAUUGAAUACGAUAACUCGCUCGCUCCGUGUAUGUAUAGCCUACGUUUAGAGUUACAGUACUAGUUGUAAGUAUUAUUAUACAUACAUACAAUAAAAUAGACAAUGUUCA